AAAUUUUAAACUAUCGUCCUUCUCAGUGAUGGCGGCUUCGUUUCGUUCUCUCCCUGCAAACUGUAAUAACAAAUGGUACUACACCCGACAACAGAUCGACAACAGCCCAUCUCGGCGAGCUGGACUUGAUCCCGACAAGGAACUGUCCUACAGACAACAGGCGGCGAACCUGCUCCAGGACAUGGGACAGCGGCUCAAUGUGUCCCAACUUACAAUCAAUACAGCCAUUGUGUACAUGCAUCGGUUCUACAUGGUCCAGUCUUUCACCAGAUUUCACAGAAAUGUUAUUGCUCCGGCCGCGCUCUUCCUCGCAGCAAAGGUUGAGGAGCAGCCCCGAAAGUUGGAACAUGUUAUCAAGGUGGCCCAUGCAUGCCUCAAUCCUCAGGAGCCUUCUCCAGAUGUACGCAGUGAUGCCUACCUGCAACAAGCCCAAGACCUGGUCAUUCUUGAGAGCAUAAUUCUCCAGACCUUGGCUUUUGAAAUCACCAUUGAUCACCCACAUACUCAUGUUGUCAAGUGCACUCAGCUCGUCAGAGUUGUUUCAGCAAGUAAGGAUCUGGCCCAAACAUCAUACUUCAUGGCCACCAACAGUCUGCACUUGACCACCUUCUGCCUGCAGUAUAGUCCACCUGUUGUGGCCUGCGUGUGCAUCCAUCUCGCCUGCAAAUGGUCCAACUGGGAGAUCCCGGUUUCAACAGACGGCAAACACUGGUGGGAGUAUGUCGAUCCUACAGUUACCCUCGAGCUGUUGGAUGAGCUUACGCACGAGUUCCUGCAGAUCCUGGAGAAAACACCCAGUCGAUUGAAACGGAUUCGCAACUGGAAGGCUGGAGGCCAAACACCUAAAGUGAAGCCAAAAGUCCAGGAAGAGGGUGACCAGAGGGAUACCAUGAUCAGCAUGAUCUCCAUGGCCUCGUCAGAGAGUACUGUGGCAGGGCUGAUGAGCCUCUCUGCUCCACCAUCCGCUUCCUCUUCCUCCUCUGGGGGCGACAAGGACCGAGUGGCAUCUGGCAGUGCUCAGACUUGGAGUGGAAAGGGGCAGUCUGGAGCUGAGCAGCAACAGUCGCAGCAGGCCAACAACGAGGUCCACGCCCCGGCCAAGGUAUCGCUGAGUGAAUAUCGCGCCAAGAAUGCCGACGUCCUAGCCGCCCAGAAGAGGAAGCUGGAGAAUAUGGAGGCCAGCGUAAAGAGAGAAUAUGCCAAUGCCGCCCAGGCUCUCAUCGGCCAACAGCAGAGGAAAGAGAAGCACCAGCAUCAUCAUCAGCAGUCCAGCUCUUCGUCCUCUUCCUCCGACAUGUCCAACCCCUCCCCCAUUAUUCUUAAAAUUCCCCUUGAGAAAGAGAGGCACGACAGGAGCUCUCUAAAAGUACGUUUCCCACUAGCUGGAGGAGGGGGAGGUGGCGGCAGCGGGCACAGCAGCAGUGCCCGAGGUCAGGACCCGGACAUCAAAGUCCGAAUACGAGUGCCUGAGAAGCAGAGGGGGGGUUCAGGGGAGGAGGGCAAGAGCAGGGACAAGCACAGGGACCGAUCUAACCACCACCACCACCAUCAGCAGCACCACCAUCAUUCUUCCUCUAGCAGUGCCUCCCUUUCCUCUUCACACAAACAUUCAUCCAGUUCCAGUGGGGCAUUAGGAAGCAGCAAGAAAGUCCCAAAUGACUCCUCUAGAGCAAGCACUUCAUCCUCUUCGACUUCACGUAAGCGGACACACUCCCAGGAUCCCACAGCAGGCUCUCACCAGGCGUCUAAAGUCAGCAAGUCCUCUAGGAAUCCCUUCCCGCUACCGUCCCUGUCUUCCUCCUCCGGACAAACUCUGGGCCACGGCCCUGACAGUCUCCCCGCGCUGAGCCUUCCCCACCACCAAGGGAGCUAUUCGCACUCCAAGAGUGACAAGACGGACACUAAUGGUCACAGUGCAGCAGGCGGAGCCCAGUCGAACGAGUACCAGGACACAUUUGAAAUGCUCAACUCACUGCUGAGUGCGCAGGGGGUGCAGCCGUCCCAACCGUCCAUGUUUGAUUAUAGAGCUCAGUAUGGGGACUACCGGUACACUGGUGGCUCCAGAGGGAGCAACCCCAGGCCCCCACCUCUGCCUUCAGACCCGCCUCCCCCACUGCCACCCUUACCCAAAUGAGCUCCUGAUAAGAAGACAAUGUUAUGUACAUUGAGUCAUGUACAUCCAUAUUGUUACAUAAAGUAUUGUAUAAUCUUUUUUUUUUUUUUUUUUUUUAAACUUGUCCUUUUUAUAGGCGACAGUGUGACAGCAGAGAAAUGUAAAGGAGAUCAAUGAGUUUUUCUUUUUACCAUGUACUUUGGGGCAAUAAUGAGGCUUGAAAAGCUUGCAAAAUGUGAGGACAAAAAAAAACAAAAAGAGUUACAGGAAAGUGUAGAUAAUACUUUUUUCCCUUUUCUGCUCAGUUCAAAAGUUUAAAUGAACUGUGAUGACGGGACCUGAUUUAGAGGACGUCAAUGUCUUGAAAUCAUGAGGAAACGAAAAGAUUUCCAUCACAAGCCUGUCUUCUUACCAACUGUCUUUUUUAUAAUGUUUUUAUAGUAUGUUAUUUAUUAAUUCAAUGCUUUUAGAAAAAUCAUAGUCCCCUUUUGUACCUUUUUAAAGGUUUCCCCUCUGUGGUCUUUUUGGUCAGAGGGACAUUUCUUCAUCAAGACUGUACAGGCUAGUUUGAGAGUUUGUGUCUCCAAAGCCAUCUUUUUAAUGUUUUUGUCCUUUUUAUUUUACUGCCAUCAUGUCAAAGGAAAAAAAACAGACGGAUGAACAUAACUGGUGUUUAUGUGUUUGAUUAACUUGUACAAAGAUUGCAAAAUGGUUAAAACAAAUAUUUUUUACAGUUUGUUAUGAAAAAUUGCAAAAAAAAAGAGAUGUAAAUUAAGGAAGCUUGUACUUUUCCUUUUAGAUUUUGAGUGUUGCAGUCAUUGUUUUAAAUGGUUGUAAAAUGUUCAUAUUCAGUUCUCUAACAAAUACACUAAGUUCAUACCAAGGACAUACAUCUGUUUGAAAAGUUUAACAUAUCUACCCACUGUGGUCACAAUGAAGGAGUUGGCAACAAGAUAAAUCCCCAGAGAUGUGAGGGUUUUCUUUCCGUAUAACAUUUUCUCUAGGUUGAGUCUUUGAUUACAGUUAAACACAAAAAUAUUAAGAAUACAAGCGCAUGCAAAAGUUGGGACAGCCCUGACCACAAUUAUUGUUACUGUGAGUGACAAGUAGAACAUUAGAUGAUUUCCUAAAGGCAUGAAGGCAAAAAUGACACAUUUCUUUUUCAGUACUUCAGAUCUCAAAAUGACAAGCAGUAACACGUUUUCACUCUGAAUCGUACAAAACUAAAACAGUCUUUGGAGUUCAUAACUGUUGUAGAUUUGUAAAGGGGUUAUUGACCAGGAAAAUGCUAACACGCAACAUCAAAGAUUAAUCAUGAGUUUUUAUUUUUGUCUUUUUAAUGUAUGCAUUUGUUUUGGUGGUAUACCUGUCAAUUAAUGCUGGUCUGAUUUAAUCCUGUUAAAUUUGUCCUUCACUUGACUCCAGAUUGUUCUAUAAUCCAUCCACAGACCAUUAUCCAUAAAAAAAAAAAUCAUGUUUGCAUGUGUUCUAUAAUUGUGUAAAAUCAUAUAUGGCAAGCAGGUUAUCGAUAUACCUCCACUGCAGGGUCUCGAGCAUGAAGUCUAAUAAUCCGAAUUAAUGUUUGUGUGAGGUGCAUUUUGUUGGCAGGAGAAUUGGAUAUCGCCUGUACAUUUGAUUCAUACAAAGCUUUAUAUUGGUUUGAUUGUUUAGUAUUACUGCUCUUAACCCGGCUUUCUUUUACCAGUUUGUAAUCAAAAAUGUAUUUGUUUUAGACAGUAAUGCAGUACAACAAAUCAGCCAUACAAUAGUUUAAAAAAUAUUUUUGGUCCCAUGAUAUAUGGAAAAUAUGCUGGAAAAGAAAAGUUCUUUGCUCAGGCAGCAGAGAUUUUAUUAGUUGUUCAGCUCUUGGUUGUAAGCAGGGAAAUGGUAAAUGCACUGAAUAUUUAUCUUUGUAGGUUUGCCUACAAUGCAAAGUGUUACACGUGUAAUGGUAAGAUUAUUAGAAUAGAUUCCCAGUAUAUCAUUGCCAUUUUAUGUUUUAUUUGACCUGGGCAAAAUCUUCCUAUUAAAGUAUUAACAUUUUGCUGUGAGAGAGUUAUCAAAAAAAAAAAAGGACACAUUUCUUAAUAAAAGCCCAUCUGUGAAAUGAAAACGGAAGACACUCAUGCAACCUAACAAUGCAAAAUUACACAGCUACAAUAAGUUCAUGUUUUAUUACGUCUUGGUGUUUUAGUGACACUCAGGUCUGGAAAUGAAACGUUUUGGGAUUUUUUUUCAGUAAAACAGUUAUAUGUGAACACUGUUCUUUUUGAUAUAAUGUGGUUGCUUUAUUCUCAAAGUCAAUAAAUAUUUUAAGAAAA